GAAUUUCCGACUCGGUCGUUCUGUAUCAGACUAAGAUCAUUUCUCCCUCAAGUCAGUUUCCGCUGAAUCUACACUCCCACCUCUCUCUCUCUCUCUCUCCCACCUCUCUCUCUCUCUCUCUCUUCUCUGCAUCAAUGGUUUUGCAUACCAAAGACUUCAUUUUUAUAUUUCUUUCUUUUUCUCGGCAAUGAGAUAGGAAUCAGAAAAGAGCACAACACCUACUGCAAGCAACCAAAAGAUUAGCCCAAAAAGCAAACAAAAGUACCAAUUUUGCAUUACCCAUUUACCAAUACAUAACAACAAUCUACUCGCUUCCAUCUUCUUCCCCACUAAUCUCAAACACCUACCAGAUCCACUCUCCUCUCCAGCAUUUGCAUCUCUUUUUAGUCACUGCACACUCCAACUUUUUUCUCUACGAAUUCCCAAAUGGACAAACCCUUGUGCAUUAAUCGCUUUCGUUACCAUUUUUCCAUCACCAAACUCGUCUUCUGGACCUGCAUCUUCCUUGGCCUUAUCCUUCUCUUCUUCCUACACUCCCCCCAUUCUUCUUCUUACUCCUCCCAACGUCGGUUUCUCGCCGAUCCCGAUUGGGAGAGCCGGGUGAUCAAAUCGGGAAAGCCCAGGUCUCGAUCAGGCGGCCUCAAAGUUCUUGUCACUGGGGCUGCUGGAUUCGUCGGCACCCACGUCUCUGCAGCAUUGCGCCGCCGUGGGGACGGUGUAGUUGGCCUUGACAACUUUAAUGCCUACUAUGAUCCUUCUUUGAAACAAGCCCGUCGCUCCGUAUUGGAGCGGGCAGAUGUAUUUAUUGUGGAUGGGGAUAUCAACAACCCCACUCUAUUAAAGAAGCUUUUUGAUUUGGUUCAAUUCACUCACGUAAUGCAUCUUGCAGCCCAGGCAGGGGUGCGUUACGCUAUGAAAAACCCCGCAUCAUAUGUUCACAGCAAUAUUGCUGGGUUUGUUAGUCUACUCGAGGCCUGCAAGUCAGCGAAUCCCCAGCCUGCAAUUGUGUGGGCGUCUUCCAGUUCUGUCUAUGGACUCAAUACUAAAGUUCCCUUCUCGGAAAAAGAUCGAACGGAUCAGCCUACAAGUCUAUAUGCUGCUACCAAGAAGGCUGGUGAGGAAAUUGCACAUACCUAUAAUCAUAUCUACGGUUUAUCAAUCACUGGUUUGCGGUUUUUCACUGUUUAUGGUCCUUGGGGGCGACCCGAUAUGGCUUAUUUCUCCUUUACAAAGGAUAUAUUGAAAGGAAAGCCAAUAACGAUUUUUGAGGGGCCUAAUCAUUUCUCUGUGGCAAGGGAUUUUACAUACAUUGAUGAUAUAGUGAAGGGUUGCUUGGGUGCAUUGGAUACUGCAAAAAAGAGUACAGGCAGUGGAGGGGUUAAGAAGGGACCUGCACAAUUGAGAGUGUUUAAUCUUGGAAAUACUUCGCCUGUGCCGGUUAGCAAACUUGUGAGUAUAUUGGAGAAGCUGUUGAAGGUUAAGGCUAAGAAAGUAGUGCUACCAAUGCCUGCAAAUGGCGAUGUGUUGUUUACUCAUGCUAAUAUCAGCUUGGCGCAGAGGGAACUUGGGUACAAGCCAACCACUGAUUUGCAAACGGGGUUGAAGAAAUUCGUGCGGUGGUAUUUGGAUUACUACACACGACCAGGGAAGAAAAGUAAUGUGUAAAUGUUGCUGCUUUUUAUGGAUUUGUGGUAGGAUCAUUUGAAUCUAAAUUGAUUUGAUUCUUAUGAUAAUUCGUCUUCUUGUUCAUUUAGCUAUAUACUGCUGUGAUAAUAGGGUAAUUGCUGAACCACCAUAGAGGAAUUUCGUGGAUGAUAUGAAUGCUUUUAGAGAGUUCUGAAUUGUAAUUUAAGACCAGAAGUUUCUCCCUUCUUUCACUCAUUGCUUCUUAUUAUUUGUUUUUCAUUAGAAUGUGACUGUUACUCUAGGCAUUUUCUAUGAUGAAAUAAAUUAUGAAGAUUGUCAAUCA